UCGCGCCCAAAGAAGUCGGUUACAAACAUACAAACAUACAGGUGAAGCUAAUAUACCUAAAGCGUGUAAAAAGGAUUAACGUAGACAGACUGAAGUUGAUGGAUUACCGUACAAAAAUACUAUAGGUACACUAAACGUAAGAAGUUACGUGAUGAAAAUAUUAUUGCAAAAAAAAAAUAUUACAAGUUUAACCCUCAUAAAAUUUAUGGAAGCUACUUAAAAAGUCAUUCAAAAUAUAAAAUAUCGUAUAAGUUUGCAAAAGUAUUGCGAGUCACACCUCACACAGGUUCAGCUCGCCGCCCCUACUCUGCGCACUGAAGCCGCAUAUACCGCGCAUGCGCCAACUAUAAAGCCCCAAAAAUACGUGAUUCGCCUUUGUCUAAUACCAAAACAAAGAACACAAUACCGCCGCGGCCACGUCUUCUGAACUUCAGACAUGGUAUCCUUUUCAGUGCCUCCAACCGUCCAAUACAGACGCAUGCGUAGCUUCUAAUGAUUGGUCAAGCAAUCCUGUUUUUUGAAGAGGCGCGUAUGCAAAUGUGUUUAGGUGUAAUAUAGGGUUAUACAAUUCGGGAGGAUAACCAGGUGAACGUUCAGUGUCAGAUGAGCCGCGGCGGAUGGCGGAAUGAGCUCGCCCAAGCUGAACGAGCGAUGUCCGAGCAGUUUGAGCAACGGUAAAAAACAUUUGAGCAGCGAGUCGAAGGAAGAUUCGCUCGACAAUUCCAUCCGCGAAUCAAUAAAGUCGGAACGCACUGGGAAAUCCGAAGAAGACUGCCGGAGACGCACAAUCAUCGUAGAGAAGAAAAAUGGGAGCUAUGGUUUCACCCUGCAGAGUUAUGGCAUACAUUAUAAAAAGGAACAAGAGAUAGAAGUAAUCACGUAUGUGGACCACGUGGAGGCGGAAGGACCCGCGUGCGUCGCCGGCAUGCGCGAGGGUGACGUCAUCCUGUCCAUCAACGGCACGGAUGUAGAGCGCGCCGACCACGCUACCAUCGUCAGCGCCAUCAACGCCUGCGACUCCAGAAUGCGCAUCGUCGUCAUCUUCGAAGACUGCGUUCGCAAAGUCGAACUUCACCUCAAAUACAUCAACAUACAACGAGCGAUACAAAACAAAAUGCGCGAAUUGGAACAACUUUCCAUCCGCGAACGCCAAGUCUUCGAUUCCAAUUGGAAAACGCACAGCUUGCCUUCACAAAAGAAGAAAGCCUCGCCGUCAGAUAUUAUUUCUGAUUCAGAAGAGACUGUCGCUGACAAUAUGAGUAAUUCGUACUGUCGCCCGACACUGUCUAGUGAGAAUGUCACUGCCGCGAAACCCCCUCAACCUAACGUGUUCAUGUAUCAGUAUCUCGAUCCGCGCUACGGCACCUGUAUUAUACAACCAAAUAUACAUACAGGAAGCUUCGUUAUAACUGUUGGAUCGCCGAGAAAUAGACGCGACUGCCAUCAUUACGUCGUUAAAGCGACGGGAGAAUGUCAUCGGGCAUCCGAAGCCUAUAAAGUUUCUAAUGGGAAACAUAGUAAGCCGAAUAGAAGUAGCCACAACCAUAGUUGUGCUCCAUGUGUUCCGGCGUAUAAUAAUCAGGAUGCAAAUAGCUUGGAAGCCUACGACCUCGCCAGUCCGUGUUGCGAUCCACAUUGCGUUCCCAACUCUAGAAAAAAAGUGAGAAGAAAGAAAGAAUGUUCUAAAGAACAUAAACGAAAGGAGAAAUACCAACAGGUCGAUAAAUCAACGCAAAAAACUGAAAACUGCGCACAUACACACUCGAAGAAAGUUUGCAAUCCUGGUCAUUGUUCAGGGCGAUACCGAUAUCUGACGACUGAGUCAACGCAAACCAGUCAAUGCAGUUUGCAAUCAUACGCUACGAGCAAUGCAACGGCAGCAUGUGAUAACUCAGUUUCGAGUUACAGCACGUCACUGAGUAGCGACACCUUGUUUUGGGAGAACGACCGUUCGGAAGCUAAGUCGUCCCCAAAAAUUCAAUACCAAAGCGCACACCAACACGUGAAGCCGAAGUCUUGGGAUAAUUUAGCGACAAAAGCCAUCGGAGGCUACGGUUUCGGCUAUGGUUACUUGGACACGACAACGAAGCACUCAAAUAGAUCCAAGAGCCACGGGCGGAGCCACAGCGGCCGCAGCACUCAAAGCCACCACGACUAUCAGCACCAUCAAGACAAACAUUCCCACCGCCAGAGCGGAACACCACACCACUAUACCGGCUACGUGAGAACUCACAGCCAUUGUCAGCCCACGAAGUCCACUGAAAGUCUAAUCGUCGUCCCCAAAUAUCAAUUGGAGAGUAGUGGCUCCGAAAGUCGCCUCGCCUGUGACUGCGGCGACGGCGUGGAUUACUACCGGCGAGGCCCAUCGAAGAGCCCGGCCGAGACGCACUCCAGCUUCUACACUCAACGAUUCAUUUACCCCGCCCAUUCGUACAAGAAGAAAGACUCCAACGUUAGUUCAGAAAUAACUAGGUUAUAAUUAUUAUCGUGAAACCAUUGCUCAAAAAGCCUAGACUCUUAUAUUCGAAUGACCUCAUUAGUGUUUUCGUCUCCUCGCGCCGGUAUGCGUUUAUUGAGCGACGGGAGCUUUAUUUUUCCAAAUCAAACUAUCUAUCGAGUAGAAUAAUAAUUAUACGAGCACUUUUGAAUCGUUAAGCAUUUUUAUAAAUCUACCAUCGUCGCGGAAAUUUUGAGGUUUAAUAGGUGAGACUUUGAAUGUUCAAAAAUGCAAUAAUUUUAUCUAGUGAGUACGAAAUAAGUAAAGUAUUUUCAAGAUUGACUUUUUCGACAGUAUGGUAUUUUUAUUACCGCCACAUCGCUUAAUAAUCGUAAACCAUUUUGACAACCAUUUUAUCAGCUUUAUACUCGUUGAUUUAUAGUUUUGAUUAAAAAAAUAUU